AUGUACCUGGGAGAAACCAAUUUCGGCACGGAUAUAUUUCCAUCCGAAGCCAGGUUAAGGCCACAUGUACCACUGCCAAGGUGUGGGGACAGGGCAAAUCAGGUACAUUCGACGGCCAAAACAAGAGCAAACGAAUUGCCUAAGUCAGCGAGGGAUUCGACUGCACCAGUGUUGUGUGACUUGGGUGCUAUGGACAGACUGUUGGGCACAUCUCUGGCGCAUUUGUUUCCCGUGAGUCCCGAACUUCGUCAGGAAUUGGCCCCGUCGUUUACCAAG